CGUUUUGCUCAGUUGCCGUGUAAGAAGUAAGUCGACUAGAAAAUUAGCUUGGUGAAUGAUGAAGUUUUAGAAUUUAGAUAAACUACCUGAAUUUGAAUUUGAUCCUUAAGAAAAAACAACUUUGAUAAGGAUGAAAACAAGAAACUGAUUUACUAACAUUAGCGACUGUUUAUCGCUAUCGUAUCUGCGGCUCGAUCUUCUAACGUGGCUGAACUCUACCUUCCUGGAACAACCUGUUCUUGUUGGAUUAAACCAUGGAAGCGGUGGUAAAAUUUACAAGCCAAAGCCAGGGAAGAGACCGUAUAUUCAGGGCAACACAAUAUGCAUGUGCACUGUCGAUAUAUCUAUUUCGAAACAACGCUGAAAGUAAGGACCUGGUGGCUAAACUUAAAAGUCUGGAAGCCACCAUGAGUGCUGGACGGAAACUGUUCAGGCUUGGAAACACAAUAAAUUCCAUUGAGGCUGCUAAGCGAACCAUGCAACUCUCUGAUCGAGUGCUCUGCCUGUGCCUUACUGCGGCCAACAUGACCCGGGCCCUCUACUUUGUUUGUGACAAUACCCUUUGGGCCCGUAAUGUCGGCCUGAUUCGCAAUAUUGACAAGGAACGCUGGAGCCUAAAUGCCUCUCGCUGCUACUUCAUCUCACUAGUUCUGAGCCUGACCAGAGAUGUUUACGUUAUCCUCCAGUUAAUGUCUCAGAAAGUACGAGAUAAACACUUUAGACGGAAAAUGGAUGCGCAUCUCAAUGGGAAUCCUGAAGUAGCUGAUGUGGUUGUCCCACAGCUGGAUGCUUUUCUGUUCCUGCUGCUGGAGAGCCUAAAAUCAGAUCCAGCCGUGGCCUUGGACACACUGAAGAAUAUAUGUGACCUCUUCAUUCCCUUAGACAAGCUGGGGAUUUACCAGUCAAAUGCAGGAGUGGUGGGAUUCUGUGGACUGAUCUCCUCGGUGAUCGGCAUUGUAACCCUUGCACAACCCAAGUUGAAAAUCAAACCAUGAUAAUGGGGCUGAAGAUAACCUUCCUGACCAAAGGCAGAUAAAGAGGUUAAGCUGGAGUAACGUUCGACUGAAAUCAGCACAGUUCACAAAGAGAUUAAAUACAUAUCACAAAAAGUGUUAGAUAAUGUGUUUCACUCGGUUGAAACAGAGUGGGGCUUUAGAUAAUCUUGAUCAGUGGUUCCCAACCUUUUUUCCUUAGGGCCCCCUACUCAUAUCUAAUAAAAGCUAAACCCUCCAGGACAAACUUUGAACAAAAUUAAACAUCAAUUUUAACUGUUUUCAUAGAGAACACCUCAACAUAACAUGCCUGCAUUUACUUGUUCUUGACAAAAGAUCUAUGUAUAAGCUAUCCAUUAUUAUGACCCCAAAUUAGGCCCACUUUAGGAAAAAAAAAAAGAUGUGGUGAUUUUCAUGACUAAAAUAUAAAUUUUCAAGUUUAUAUUCAUUGAUUUACGAUAUUUUCUUUUUACUAUUAAUGUUAUAAAUGUAUGUGAACAAAAGCUUAGAAUUCUUAAUAUCAUAAAGUUGAAAGUCAAACCACUGUUUUCAGUUUUGUGUCUUGUGCAUCUAUGACACUAAAAACUUGAAAUUUAAUAGUUUCUAACAUCAAAAUUUACAACUUUUUAAGAUUUUGAGUUUUUCUUAUAAAUUUACCACCUUUUUAAACUCUAAAACUUUGAGUUUGUUUUCUUGUAAAUGUACAACUUUACAAUCUCAAAUAUUUUGAUUUUUCCCAAAAAAAUGUUGCCUUAAUUUCUCAAAAGUGUACAAAUCCUCUUUAUUUCUUAAUCCUCUAGGGUGCCUAAAACACAGUGAUUAAGUUUGUAAUCAUGAUUUUAAAUAUAUGUACAUCUAAUUUUGACACAUCAGACCAGACAGGGCCCCACUCCCCCUGAGAUCUUUGGCGCCUGUCCCUCUAGGGUUGCUCGGACCUCAUGUUGGGAACCACUGGUCUUGAUCACAGUUGUUGGUACAGAUUUUUGUUAAGCUGGUUAAACUAUACUCCUCUAAUUGAUACAAAAAUACUUGACAUUUAAACGAGGCCAGUGUAAGCCUAAAGCACUGAUUUAAAAGGGAGCAGAUCAACUUCAUAAAGGAUGCUUUUUUCACAUUUUGUAAUCUAAAGAACAUAAGCUAAACUUGUGUGCAUUCCUGUUUCCAUCCACGUACGACACCAGCAGUUUUCAAAUAAGGGCUCCUUACAGAUGCAACUUUUGGUACUUAACCCACAACACUGUAAUGUCCGUCCACUGUCCGUCUGCUGUUUUUUGACAUAAUGCUGCUAUUUUUUAUCUAAGUGAGUCAAGCAAUAAAGAAGCUGCUUUUCAGACAAAAAGUGCUUCUAGAGGGAAAUUCAACUGUGAGAUUUCAGGGUUUUACUUAUCUCACAUGAUCCACAAACUGACUUUGACUGUUGGUGGAUUGUUGUGUGCGAUUUAAAAAAAAGUGUAAAGAAAAGAUUGCGCACUUAAAACAAAUCAAGUAAAUUCUACUUCUUUAAAUUUUAAAAAGGCACCACAGAUUGUGUUUGCACAGAGAGUCUUAAUAUAUUGUUUAGGGAUUAGGCUGGGUUUUUUUGCUUGUUUUCUUUUUUUUUUUCCUCUUUUUUGACAGAAACAGCACGUCUUUGGAAAUACUAGAAGAUUCCCUGUACCCAACAAAGCUGCAGGUGCAUGUGUUAAAAUCAAUGUGAGAUAAUAUCAAUGAAAGUUUAAUAAACCACUUUAUUGGUGUAAACAUGUCUCUAAAUGGUUUUGAAAGCAAACAAGUCUCUGAGUUGUGAUGAAUUUAAAACAGCCAUACUUCAGCUUUUGAAUGUAUAA